ACACAACUGUGCAGUUAUAGCCUGAAUGUACUGUACGUAGGCUGACAAAAUGAGACUUAACAAAGAAAAAUGGCGUUUGAGAGUGAAUGGAUUUCUCACUCAAAUACUUGCUCCAAUGAUGUUCUCCAUCAGUGGUACAUUAUACCUCUCUUCGUUGCAUAGGUUUGUCACUAACCCAAAGAAGGCAGGCAUCAAUGAAACCACACUCCAGCAGGUGGAGCCUGGAUUAGAUGAGUCGGAAACAAUGUACGCACUGCUGAUAACUAUUUAUUCCUGCGGCGAACUUACAGGAGGAUUGCUGUCAGGUUUUUUAACUAAAUGCAUCCCGAAUUGGUACCAGUUUGUAUUUGCCAUAUCUCUGCACACGAUUGGCUACGUGUUGUACGGUGUUGCAACUAACGGUGGGAUACUAAUGAUUGGCAUGUUCCUGGCUGGAUACUAUUUGGCAGCACAAAUCACACUCAGUAUGAACUACGCAACAGAAAUGAGUGUCGAGUAUGUGAAUCUACUGAAGGAAGUAAAGAAUGAAAAGAUGAAAAUUUUGAAUAUGAGAAGAAAGUGGUGAAAACUCGUAACUUCCUAUAUUCAGUCUACUCCAUUGGAUUCAGCGUUGGGCUUGUCGUUGGUCCUAGUGUUUCAGUAAUAUUUUCUAACCUUCCAAUUGAGCAGUAUCGAUCGAUUGCUUGGUUCAAUGUAGCUUUUGGAGUUAUAUUGUUGAUCUUGUUCUGUUUUCUCUUCCGUGGAGAGAGUAAAUGGAACAGAACUAAUUGUCAUGAGCUUUGUGUCCGCUCAAAAAACAACUCAAGUUCGGCCAAGCCUGGACCACUGCAAAUAUUCAUAUCCUUUCAGCAUUAUUACCAAUGCAAGUACAUAUAUCGAUAGCAUUAUAGCCAGAAGCAUGAAUAUGAUAGAACCUAUAUACUGUAAUUUCUAGCAAUCCUUAACAAUAUCUGUUCACAUUAUUGUGAGUAUGCACUUGCUAUCGUUCGUACAAAUGCUGAAGUGGGCAUAUUUUGAAGCCCUAAUGAAUCCAAUUCUAAGUGAUUCAUUUGGGUUCUCUCUAAACACAUCUUCCUACGUCUUCUUGGGGGUGGCUAUCUCAAGCAUUCUAGGCUCCAUCUUACUGGUCUUGUUACAAAGAAUCAAAAUCAGUACACAGAUGGGAGCUUUCAUUGGUAUUUCAAUGACAAUUGCAGGAUACUUCUUGGUAACAGAUUGGCAGGCUAUACCUUAUGAUCCAUGCACUGAGUACAGUCCGUUCCAUCAUCCAGAUCGCUUUCAAAACAACCACUCAAGUCUAGGAAUGUUAACACCUUUGGAUAAUACUCCCCCAAGUUGGCCUGCUCUCUUAAAUAAUCGUGCACACAUGGAUAUUGAGUUGGAUUUUGGCGAUCGAACGUACACAGAAAUUGCUUACCACUUUAAUUUCAGCUGCUACGUUGAUGAAUUUUGCCCAUUUUGCACCGAGAAAUCUACCAGCAAGCACCGGUGUUUGUCGUUUGUAGUUAAAGGUGAAAACGAAUCCUCAGAACAGGUGCUCGAUGUGUUUUCCUGUUCUUUAGCUCCUCCUUUACAAAAUAUUUGCCUCAGUAUUUCUCAUCAUCAAUCAACUGAUUCUGAGGAAGUUGAAAAUUUAAAUGGAAAUCGUUUUGUAGCCGGCGUUCAAAGUUUAUUGGUACUCCCUCAAUAUGUGUAUUCCACUGCAAGCAAUGCCUGUAUAAAUGCCAAUGUAUCAAUUAGUGGAGAGUGUCAUUGGAUACCGUUGUCAAGUGGUGAGGAAUGUGUGGAUUGUCCUCCUAUCUGCAGAGGAAAGCAACGGACACUACUGCUACCAUUGUAUCUGAUAGGGAUGGUGCUGUUGAUAGGAAGCUACCCUCUUGUCUGGGUGAAUUUGGUGGCCAUAGCUAACAACCAGAGUCCUGAAAGUGUUCAAGGUAUUGUGAUAGGAGGUAUCAAUGCAGCAAAUGGACUUGCUGCGAGUAUCAGUCCUGUGGUUGUCAAUUUGCUCUAUGAAAAGACAAUGAAAAGAACUUUCGUGCCGUCUAUUCUGUUUGCUCUGUUGCAUAUACCAUUUCUCAUAGAAAUCAUCAUAUUGUACAAACCCUUAGGACCUUCAUAUAAGCUCACUGAAUAUAGAUCCACUCUGCCCAAAGAACAAUUGUCUGGGAAAGAGUGCGAUUGUCCUUGAUGAUUGUCCUUGAUGAUUGUCCUUGAUUUAUAUACCAUUGAAAUGAUGUAGAUGUUUUGUAGAGGUAGUGAGUAUUCUGCAUUGACACUAUUGUAAUGGAGGUAUGCUUUUAUGCUAGCGGGGCCCGGAAUGUAAAAGGAUUGAGAAGUGUAGUAACUUGGGUCAUGCAAGAGUCUCUUCAGAGUCAAGUUGCUUUUACCGACAACCUAGCUUUCCAUGCUAAACGUUUCAGUGAAAAAAGGGAAUGCU